AUGGUCAGAUACAAACAGAAAGCAAAGUUGCCUAGCAAAAAGGAAGAUGUUGAUCGCAUUAGGAGGAGGGCUCCUUCCUACGAGUUGGUGGACGGGUUGCUCUAUAAACAGUCCUACGGGGGGCCGCUAUUGCGCUGCCUACCUCCCGAGGAAACUAAGACCGUGAUGGCCGCCGCCCAUCGAGGGAUCUGCGCGGCCCAUCAGGGGGCCAACACUCUGGCCAGGAUGGUAAAAGAUUGCGUUGAAGAAGUGCUAAGAUUCUCCGUGUGCCAAGCGUUCUCUAGAAAGGGCACCCGACCAGCAACCUUCUAUACCCCGAUCACCACUGCAAUCCCAUUUGCGAAAUGGGGCAUCGACCUACUUGGGCCGCUCCCCCAAGCACCCGGGUGA